AAUUUUCUUCAAGGUUUUUGUAAUCGUCACUUGGAUUCUCUAUAUAUUACUUGCAAAUACAGAAUGAGUGUGGCCAAGAAUUCACUGGAUAACACGGGAAAUUCCAAUGAUGCUAUCGAUUGGGAUGAUAUGGUUUAUCAUCCAGCAUUCGGAGCAGAUAUUGAUCCCAAAGCAGGCUUACAUCCAGCUACUGAAGCUUUGCAAGCACUGAAAUAUGAAUCAGAAGAUCCAGAUGCUAAUGCUCGUAGUUACAAAGAAGAAGGAAAUUAUUAUUAUAAGGGAAAAGACUUUUCUAAAGCGAUAUUGUCUUAUACAGGUGGCCUACGUGCAAAGUCAUCAGAUCGUAAAUUAAAUGCAAUACUAUAUACCAAUAGAGCAGUAUGUCAUUUCUAUCUAAAGAAUUACCGAUCAUGUAUUCGUGAUUGUAAGUCUGCUGUCAGUUUGUCACCGGAUUAUGUUAAAGCUUAUGUAAAAGGAAUUGAGGCUUGCCUAGCGCUUUCAAAAAUUGAUGAAGCUUUAGAAUUGUCAUCAACCGGCUUAAAUAUAUUGCCUUCUUCUCCUGAAUUACUUGAAGUACAGUAUAAGGUUCUUAAAAAGCAAAUGGAAUUAGAUAAGGAGGUUGAACAGCGAUCAAAAUUGGAUUGUAGAAAAGAAAAUGAUAUGAAUACUGAAUAUGAGAUUUUAAAGGUAAUUAACUAAUUUUUAUUGUUAAUUGACAAUAUAGAACUUCGCAUUUUAUCACAUGUUUGGUCGUAGUUCAAUUUUGAUAGUGUUCAGAAAUAGACAACUUGGUACUUCGUUAUUUAAAUAUAUUCAGAAUCCCUUCCCAUCAAGUCAUUUUCUAUUUUGAUAUCCUAACUGUAUUCAUGAAACUUCGCUGAAAAUGUGUAGUUUAACUGCAUAGUAAUUUACUUGUUCUGCAUUUUAUGGUCUCAGUUUACUUAUUACGGGCUUCUAAGCGUUUUUUAUUCGGCUAUCUAUUACAUUUUGGUUCUGUGCAGUCACGAAACGAUCAUGACUCAUACUACUUAUCUUGGAAACUUACAAUCCCCGGUCGUCAAGACUCUUUAGUCCUCUCACAGAAAUAACACAAGUUAGGCCUGAUAAUUGAACCAUAAGAUAUUUAGGAGGGUAGGUCAAUUAUGUCUACCAACCUCAUUGUACUAAACUGUAGCUCUGAAAAAUGGUCUCCUACGUAAGGAGUGUUUUCUGCAUAAUAUUGUUUUAAAAAGCUGCCAUAGUGAUUGGCGAGAGUUUAACUAGCAAAUAGUUUUCAAAAUUGAAGGCUAUAACUUAAUAUUAUGAUUUUGCCAAACAAUUUUCCUCAAAGAGACAAUUUCUGAAUCUUUAACCAUUUAUUUUAUAACAGUUGAAAAAAAUACAGAAAAAUAUGACGUUAGUGUUUAUCAAAAUCCACUGUUGACUGCAGUACGUAGAAUGUGUAAUUUUUCCUGAGUUUAAUGAGUCCUCCAACAUGUGGUCAAGAAACUAUCUUCUGAUUUAUACCCUGAUAGUCUGCAAAUUCCAUGAGUUCCCCUAAAUGCUUCACUUACAGCUUUUAGUUUUCCGAAACUUGAUAUUCAUAUCUUAUCACUUUUACACUAUCUAGUCACGUGGAAUUAAUGUUAAUCUCAAAUUAAAACCUAUUGAUAUGCCAGAAGUGGGUUGUUCCACAUUUUAUGUGGAUUCAUUGGGUAAAUUUCACUGGCCUAUUCUUUUUAUGUAUCCUGAAUUCGGACAAACUGAUUUCCUCCGUGAUGUAAUUGAAUCAAGCAUGUAGGUUUUCUGUAUUGUACGGUUUUAUAUUUUUCUAGUGUUACAUCCACUUCAUUUUUGUUUCAAUGAAAAUAGAUAUAAGUUAAAUCGCUAUUAGGAAUUAUUCAGUCACUAAACCAUAGGAGUACCGUUGUGUCCUCGAGAUUUUUUAACUGUACAGUUAAUACAUUAACCUUACACUUGCUAGCCUUUUCCAUCACUCAACUUCAGGUCAUUUAGUUACAGAGUAUACACUCCCAUGCAAAACUUUGAACUAGAUAUAUUAUCAGUCCGUUCGACGCAAAAUAAGUGGAUUGACGUUGAAACUUACCUUCCAUUGUACAGAAUUUGAAUAUUUAAACUACUAAGUUAGAACUUCAUAAGAACUUCAUAAUUUUUAUUGCAACGAAUGCAUUUUAUAAUCCUAACAAAAUCCUGAUGUGAAAUAACUUCACACAUGUUUUAUAUUAGAAGCUGCUAUAUUUUUACACUAUAGUCCAAUAGAUUGGAUAGUUUUUACGAACUCAAAUUAGUGUUUCUCAUUACAGGGAAUUAUAGUUUUGUACACACCACUUUUUCAUAGAUUUUUGUUUUGUUCUAGCGAACUUAUCGCAUAGUUACUGGUUGUUCGCACUUCUAAUAAAAUAAUAAUAAAGAUUAUGCUAUAUGAAACACAUCCGUAUAAAUUUCCCAGCGCUUGACUUGAUGAGAAAAGAAUAUUAGUCUCAAAAUCGGUUUAUCAAAAAGAGUAAUUUUUUCAUUCACAGCCAGAAAGUGAUUUUUAAAAAAAUAUGUUGCUGAACUAUAAAAUGACUGACUGUAGUAAUAAACCUUGGGACCAUGAAAGCGGGGUUUACAAAAUAUAAUACUCUUAAAAAUCAAUAACAGCGGUAGAAAAAGGCAUCUAGUAAUCAAUCUCACUCCCCACAUUUUUGGUUUGAAACUAACAGUUUAGAUAUGAAUUUACAUAAAAAUGUUUGUUUAAAAUAUGAGUUACUCGUGAGUAGUUGAAUGAUGCAAAGUAAGGAUCGCUUUUACAAUUUUUAUUCAGGAUCAUUGAUUGUUUAAAGUUAGUUUUUGAUGUGAAUCAGCCUCCUCCACCGUGGGAUCCGAAGCGCCUAUACUCCCUUGAAGAUGAUGCUAUAGAGGUAUUAUUUUUAAUCAUAAUAUAAGUGUUAUAUUUUCUAAAGUGUUAUCUUUUAGAUUAAAAUUUCAGUCUAUAUUCCUUUUAUUUGUUGUCCAGUAUUGUUGACACUACUUUUAUUGUUAAGACUCUUUAAAUGUCCUCUACUUAAGCUAAUGAGAAAUGUGUCGACUUGUGCCGAAUAACAUUUAUACCAACUCUUGCGUUAAUAGAUAUUUGGAAUUGAAGUCUAUUCUGUGAUAUUCUAGUAUACUUAAUGAUGGGAGAAUUCCAAUGCUUCAUAUGCCUAUUCAUCAUGUAAAUUUACUACCAGUGAAGUUUGAUGAUUCUUCAUUUAAGAAAGGAUUCUAACAAAUUAAAAGCAGAAACAAAUCCGUGGUCUUCAACCAUAUUUUAUGUGAAACAUCAAGUGCUAACUUGGGAAUUCAAUGUACAUGUUUCAGAUUUGGUUGCAGAGAAAAGGUUUAUAAACAAAUCACGUGGAACGUUUGCUACAAGUUGGAGAUGGUAUGCUCUGGGAUUUCCUUAGAAUUUAAACUUCCUUUACAUAAAUUUUCAACACAAUACUAGAUUUACUCUUUUGUAACAAAUGUUACUAAUUACAGAGUAUCUGCUCUAAAGUGCGUGUGAGUAAAGUAAUAUCCCCCACAAUUUUGAAGUCAAAAGGUUUUACUCUAAAAUCACCUACAUCAUAAUGUUAACAAAAAAGCUAAAGAAGAAGCCAGACAAUGCAUAGCUCUGUUUAAUUCCACUGUUAAUGUAAAGAAAAUGAAUCAUCGUUUUUUCCCUACUCAUAUAUUCUGCUGCCAGAUUUCCAGAACGUUAGUUUUAGAUGCAUAAAUUCAUAGAAGUCCUGUUUAAAUAGUCUAGAACAUUCGUAAUACCAAUAAUAAUUCCAAUGACCGAAUUGCGUUUGUUAAUUUUGAACUAGGGACAUUAAUGAUUCCUGUGAGAUCGUUGCUUAAAUACCUCCCGGGGACUUAUUAGGUAUAUGUAGUCAAAAUGCCAGAAGUUUUAUUUUGAAGAACCUCCUGAAGAUUCAGAUUGUCAGUAAAUGUUGGAGUGACUGAAUUUACUGUAUUUUUGUGAAGUGCUGUGAUAAGUCUUAACUAUAACAACACCACUUAGAGGUUUCGUAAUUUACACCUAUUUAAUCCAAUUGACAUCUUAGCCAUUUAUUCAAAUCCUAGUCCACACCGUUAUAAAUUAAAAAUCAUGGUGUUUAUAACCCAUACUACCUAAACGCGCAAACUGAUGUACAUGGAGUCAGGGUCAGUUGCCUUCUAAUGACCAGUAUACGCCUUUUAAAACUUAUUUCGUUUUCGUUCCCUAGCCAAGUUCAUUCGUUUGACAAUUUUAGGAUUGAAGAUUUUCUUUCCUUACUAUUCACCCAGGUUUAUUUUGAACAUGAUAUAAUGAAAAAGUUUAUUCUUUGUUCACCGCAAUGUACAAUCAAAAAACUAACUAAACAAAAUGGGUAAGUGUUUUCCCCAAUAAUUAUGAUCGUGGCAGUUUAUUCAUCAUUUAUAAGGUAUGAUUAUAAAAAUGUUUAUUCAAGAACUGUAUAAAUUAUAGUCUGGUGGCUACGUGAUUAAAACAGUAAACUCUCAGCCACUGCGUCUAAAUCCCACUGCAUUUACUUCAGUCCAGUAUCAUCGUCCUAUUCCUAUACAGGAACAACGUAUAACAAUUACGUUAUGAAAGAAAUUAUAACAGUUUGCAGUGUUAACUAGUUAUUUUCAUAAUGCGGUCUUUACUUACCUAUAUCUACAGAAUAAAAUUUGCUCAGAUUGUAGUUAGCUAGUUCGUCAACUGAAAAAUAAGUCAUCAGUAGGUAAAUUGUCUUUCAGCGAAAUUAACGAGUUGUUCUAGCAGUGCUCAUUGUUAGUGUUGCGGUUAUUUGAUUCAGCGAAAAGUCUACUACCGUAUGUUUUGAAAAUAAUUGUUUCUGAAAUCACUACAUAAAUCUUCCUAAUUCUGGACGGAUUGGGUGAUUUAUCGCUUUAUAAAACUAAUUUUCCAUUCCUGGUCUUCAAGCCCAUGUCAAACAAGUUGAUGUAUACACAUGGGUUUUUAAAUAUACUAUUUAUAGCAGUAGUCAAUAAUCUCUUCAGUGUUCAUUCAUUUAAGUUAUGUUGAUAUUUUCUAUUGUUUGGAAAUCUCGUGUAAAAGCUACAUAAAUCGAUGAGAUUAUCAACAAGAUUUGUUAAUUUUGCGUAUUCGAUAAAUUACGAUAUCUUUGUCAAAAUAGUUAACUAAUUGUCGUAGACGACUCUCGCUUUCCAACAAACAAAUGUACGUGUACUGUCCUCGGGAAUAUUUCAAUUUCAAUUCAUCCCUUAGAUAAAUAUAUAUACUUUAACUUUGGUGGUUUUAUGGGGUGGGGCUAAUUUCAUUUUAAUCACCAAUCGAUGACAUGUAUACUGAAUGCCUCAUAUUCUUAAUUAGUUAACGAAUGUACUUUAAUUCCCCAUGAAAACUGUCUUUUAAGUAAUUAUAUUCUAACUAAUUUAUUUUUGAAUAUUGAUGUUUCAUUCUUCUGUCUACUACUAAAUUUUGUUAUCAACAAAUUAUCAUUUUGCUUUUGUCCUUUUGUGUAGAUUUAGUGUCGGCAGAGAUCUACUCAUUAUUUUACAUGUGAUAUCUAAACGAUCAACACAUUUCUAUAGUAGUUGGAAAGACGAGAAAAUUUAACUUGAUUGACUGUCUAGCUUUACGCGUUAUUUGUAGGAAUUAUCCCUGUUUUUUUAAAUACUGGAUAAAAUAAAACCCCAUUUUAGAAGAAAAA